UGUAUUUUUUGUUCUCUCUCUCUCUCUCUCUCUCUCUCUCUCCCAUCUAUCUCUCAAUCACACACACAAAAACACACUGAGUGACAAUAAAGAGAGGCAUGAGUUAGGUGAGGUGUAAAAUUUGUCUCGGCGGUCUGAAGAAAGAGGGUAGUCCAGAGGACGAGAAGGAAGGAAAGGAGACCAGCAGAGGACUAGAAGGAAGGAGAGGAGACCAGCAGAGGACUAGAAGGAAGGAGAGGAGACCAGCAGAGGACUAGAAGGAAGGAGAGGAGACCAGCAGAGGACUAGAAGGAAGGAGAGGAGACCAGCAGAGGACUUGAAGGAAGGAAAGGAGACCAGCAGAGGACUAGAAGGAAGGAGAGGAGACCAGCAGAGGACUAGAAGGAAGGAGAGGAGACCAGCAGAGGACUAGAAGGAAGGAGAGGAGACCAGCAGAGGACUAGAAGGAUUAGAAGGAAGGAGAGGAGACCAGCAGAGGACUAGAAGGAAGGAGAGGAGUCCAGAAGAGGACUAGAAGGAUUAGAAGGAAGGAGAGGAGACCAGAGUGAGAAAACAAGUGAGGAUGACGAUGUUGGACUGUUGUUCUUGCUGUUCCUGGGUCAGCAGACUGAGAUGUCCCCGACCUCACGGCUUUCUAGCCCACGUUAUUACCAAAGUGUGUCUGGGAGCGUUGUUGUUCGGGGUGGUCUGGUCCAUCGCUGAGAAGGAGUGUUAUCCAGGGGGGAAUCUGUUCGGCAUCAUCAUCUUGUUUCUCUGUGCUGUGUGUGGAGGAAAACUGGUCGGACUGAUCCAACUCCCCACACUGCCCCCCUUCCCCCCUUUAGUUGGUAUGUUGCUGGCAGGUCUGGUGCUGCGUAACGUACCGUACGUAACUGAGGCGGUCCACAUUGAGCAGACCUGGUCAGCAGCUCUGAGGAACGUCGCUCUGGCCAUCAUACUGACCCGUGCUGGACUGGGCCUCGACCCUUCGGCUCUCCGCAGACUCAAGGCGGUGUGUGUGCGACUGGCAGUAGGACCGUGUACAGUGGAGGCAUCAACAGUAGCUGUGAUGUCUCACUUCCUGAUGGGCUUGCCCUGGGUCUGGGGAUUCGUACUGGGGUUUGUUCUGAGUGCAGUAUCCCCAGCGGUGGUGGUGCCCUCCAUGUUGUUACUCCAGAAGGAUGGCUACGGAGUGGAGAAGGGAAUCCCUACUCUACUGAUGGCUGCUGGGAGUUUUGAUGACAUCCUGGCCAUCACAGCAUUCACCACCUCUCUGGGUGUGGCCUUUGCCUCAGACUCGACAUGGCUCAAUGUGAUGAAAGGCGUGCUAGAGGUGGUAGGAGGAUCAGCGGCUGGCCUGGUGCUAGGACUCUUCAUCUGUUUCUUCCCCAGUCAGGAUCAGGAGGAUGUGGUAUUGAGGAGAAGUGUCAUGUUGCUGGGUCUGUCUGUGUUUGCUGUGUUUGGGAGCCAUGUAGCAGGGUUCUCUGGUGCAGGGGGACUCUGUACUCUGGUCAUGGCCUUCAUAGCUGCGCUGGGCUGGGGGGCAGCGAAGGGCCCAGUAGCAGCAGUGGUAGGGAGGUUCUGGGACAUCUUCCAGCCGCUGCUGUUUGGACUGGUAGGAGCUCAAAUCACAGUAUCUACACUGGACCCCAAUACAGUGGGUCUGGGCAUGGCAUGUCUCGGGACAGGUCUGGUUAUCAGGGUUCUCUUCACGUUUCUCAUGGUGUUCUUUGGUGGAUUCAACACAAAGGAAAAGCUGUUUAUCUCUGUGGCUUGGCUUCCUAAGGCCACAGUACAGGCAGCGAUAGGUUCUAAAGCCUUGGACAUGGCCCGUGUGUCGGGGGAUGAGGUUCUGGUGAAGUACGGUCUGGAUGUUCUGACUGUGGCUGUUCUGGCCAUCCUCACUACAGCACCUAUAGGAGCCCUGGGGAUCGGCCUGGCAGGGCCCAGACUGCUGACCAGACACUCGGAGGACACACACGCAGACAGGAAAGAGGGUGACUUGGAGGCGGACACGGAGACGCCACAGAAAGACAUGGUGACCUUCGAGAGCAAAUUAUAACGAGAGGAGAGGAGAGGGCAAGGAGGAGAGGAGAGGGCAAGGAGGAGAGGAGAGGAGAGGGUAACGAGGAUAGGAGAGGAGAGGGUAAGGAGGAUAGGAGAGGAGAGGAGAGGAGAGGAGAGGGCAAGGAGGAGAGGAGAGGAGAGGGUAAGGAGGAUAGGAGAGGAGAGGGUAAGGAGGAGAGGAGAGGAGAGGAGAGGAGAGGAGAGGAGAGGAGAGGAGAGGAGAGGAGAGGAGAGGAGAGGAGAGGAGAGGAGAGGAGAGGGGAGGAGAAGGAGGAGAGGAGAGGUUAGAGGAAAGGGACAGGACUUGGGGAGGGGAGAGGAGGAGAUGGAAAGGGAAGUUAGGGAAGGGACGAUAAGGAGAGGAGGCUUUAGAUAAUUGAAAUUCACCAGAAAACACUCUUUACAGACAAUAAUGACAGUUUUGCUGAUCCAUUACAAAUGGCUGUAUUUCCUGUCUUUACAUUAAUGGUUUUAAAACAAUGUUUUGUUUUAUUUUUGUUUCACAGAUGUAUUCAUCUUGUAUGAAAUGUAGAAUAAAAAAACACAAUGGUGAUUUGUAAAGUUG